AUAUAUAUAUAUAUCGAGAGAGAGAGAGAGGGGGGGAGUGCCAUGUAUGUGAAGGGUACGUCGCAUGGGAGAAGCGCCACCACCUGCACCGCUAUGCUCUUCCCUGUUUCUCCCCUCCCUUGAUUAGCCCGCUCUCUGUAUAUUUCUUUCGCUCUCCUCUACUCUCUCUGAAUUUGAACUGGUUUGUCCUGGAUCUUUGGGUAAAAUUGGUUGAUCUGGGUGGUGGGGCCGCCGGAUUGUAGAAGGGACAGAUGGAGGAGGGUCGGCUGUGCGAGUGGGGCGUCGUGCGCUCCAUUCUCGCCAUUCUUCAGUGGUGGGGCUUCAACGUUACUGUCAUCAUCAUGAACAAGUGGAUCUUUGAGAAACUGGAUUUCAAGUUUCCAUUGUCACUGUCCUGCAUACACUUUAUAUGCUCAUCUAUUGGUGCCUGCCUGGCAAUCAAGGUUCUGAAGCUCAAGCCACUCAUAGUGGUUGAUCCUGAAGAUAGAUGGAGAAGGAUAUUUCCCAUGUCCUUAGUCUUCUGUAUUAACAUAGUAUUGGGAAAUGUGAGCUUGCGUUAUAUUCCUGUGUCCUUUAUGCAAACCAUAAAAUCUUUUACCCCUGCAACAACAGUUAUUUUGCAGUGGCUAGUUUGGAGGAAAGACUUUGAUUGGCGAAUAUGGGCUUCUCUGGUUCCCAUUGUAGGAGGAAUACUUCUGACUUCUAUCACCGAACUUAGUUUCAAUAUGCUUGGAUUUUGUGCUGCCUUAUUUGGGUGUCUCGCUACUUCUACAAAGACCAUCCUUGCAGAGUCUCUGCUGCAUGGCUACAAGUUUGACAGCAUAAACACAGUGUACUACAUGGCACCUUUUGCGACUAUGAUCUUGGCCAUGCCAGCACUGGUACUUGAAGGAUCUGGAGUUCUGGAAUGGUUUCAGUCUCCUCAUAGUUCUAUUUUUUCAUCCCUUGCUAUUAUCUUUGGCUCAGGAGUGUUGGCUUUCUGCCUCAAUUUCUCCAUCUUUUAUGUGAUUCAUUCAACAACAGCAGUCACAUUUAAUGUUGCUGGAAAUCUUAAGGUUGCAGUUGCUGUGACUUGUUCAUGGCUGAUCUUCCGAAACCCAAUCUCUGCUUUGAAUGCCAUUGGAUGCGGGGUGACACUUGUGGGAUGUACAUUUUACGGUUAUGUGAGGCAUAUGCUCUCCCAACAGCCACCAGCACCAUCUCACACUCCUCGGAACACGAAGGAGAUGAUUCCUCUUGUAAACGACAAAUUAGAUGAUAAGGUUUGAUGAUGUACUUACUAGUCAAUCAUGCACAGGGUUCUCUAAGUCAAAUUAUAUGUGAUGUGUCUAUAUGAUAGCAUUUUAAGGAAAGAAACACCAUUAUACAUUUGAGCUUCCAUUUGAUUGACCCCUAAAUUCAUAUAGUUUUGUUCUCUCCCA